UCACAAUAUUUUAAAUAUGGACGUGAUAUUUGAAGAAGUACAAACAGACGAAACAAAAUCAACUAUAAACGAAUCUGAAACUCAGAAAAAAACUGAUAUUAAUAUUGAAACUACAGAUAAUACCGAUAAUGAAAACUUUACUUUGAUUAACACAAUAGUUAUUCCAAGCAACAUGGAAGAGUCUAAUUUUAUAGAUUUUAAUUUACAAGAUCUUCUCGUCAAAGCACCGUAUGGAGGCAGUAUUUUAAAAUACUACGCAGAAAAUAAUUCCUUAAAUUUUUCUUUAAGGACAAAAUUAGUUAAUAUAAUAGCAAGACAUUUGUAUAUUUAUAUGUUGAAACAUCGCCUGACACAUUUCCAAUUUGAAUUAAUUACGUCAAAAAUUUUAAACCUUUUUCCGAACGAAUGUCGUUCUACUUAUUACAUACCAGCUAUACCUAAAAAUGAAUCACCAACAAACAAAGCUGUAAUGGCUAGAGGAAAAUUGAUAGAUAAAUGUAGAAAUAUGUUAUAUACAAGUAACGACAAAUUAUACGUAAGAAAAAGAAAAUGUCCAAGUGAUUCUAGUUCAGAUGAACAUGGAGAACAAAUAUUUGAUGAAGAUACACAAUCAGAUGUCUCAUGGUUAAAAUAUAACUAUAUGUUUUUAAUUAUUAUUAAAAUUCAUAUCUUUUUAUGUAACCUAUAUAGACAUAAAGUAUUACAGAUCGCAAUUAAAGAAUAAUGCUUUUGCGAAGAUUUCAAGAAUCUAUUACUUCGUAAUUAAA